CCGGCGGGGACGCAGCCCCGGCCGCCUGCGCUUCCGCACCGCCCGGCCCGGGAGGGCGGGCACGGCCCUCAGCACCGCCCUCCGCCCGCCCUUCUCGGCGCGGGUCGCGGAACUCAGGAUCAGUUGGGGUGGGAAGGGCCUUCGCGACCGGCGUGUCCAGGUCGUACAGAUUAGUGGCAGCCCAGAAAGAACGCUAGGAGUUGUCUCAGUACAGUUUAGAGAGGUUAGUUGCUGGAGGUUAAAACUGAGGAAAAAAAUCAAGGCAGAGCUGGGCGUUAAUGAGCACCACCAGAACGAAGUGGUCAGCUACAUGCGCUUCGCUCGUUUCAAGCGUGGCAUGUGUCUCAAAACCGUGGAUUCUUGUUUCCAGGACCUCAAGGACAGCAGACUUGUUGAAGAGACCUUCACAGUUGACGAGGUGACAGACAUGCUGGAUGGACUGCAGAGCGUUGUACACAGCGAAGUGGAGUCAGAGCUCAUAAACACAACUUACACCAAUGUUUUACUUCUGCGGCAGCUCUUCUCACAGGCUGAGAAAUGGUACCUGAAGUUACAGACAGACGUCUCUGACUUGGAGAAUCGAGAAUUAUUGGACCAGGUUGCUGAGUUUGAAAAGUCAGAAUAUACAUCUUCAAGCAAAAAGUCCACUGCAGAUCCCAUUAAACCAAAACUUGCUCCAUUAAAUGAAGGUGGAUCAGAGCUGCUAAACAAGACAGUUGCUCAUCUCCAAGAAGAAAAUGAAAAAUUGAAGACCAGACUCAGGACCAUAGAAACACAAGCUACUGCUGCCCUAGAUGAGAAGUCCAAGCUGGAGAAGUCACUGAGGGAUUUACAGAUGAUCCAAGGAGAUCAGAAGAAUAAUGCAAACCAGGAUAUUACUGAACUGGAGAAUAAAGUGGCAGCUUUGAAAUCCCAGUUUGAGAAGACUUUGAAUGACACUACUGCAAACCAAAAAUUCUUGGAAGAAGACUUGGUGACAACAAAACAUGAUUUACUGAAGGUUCAGGAUCAGCUAUCCACAGCUGAAAAGGAACUGGAGAAGAAAUUUCAGCAAACAGCUGCCUAUCGCAACAUGAAAGAGAUUCUCACUAAGAAGAACGAACAGAUAAAAGAUCUGCGUAGAAGACUUUCCAAAUAUGAGUCAGAGGACUGAAAUAUCAAAAAGCAUCUGAUCUCUCAGAAGUUGUCAUGGAAAGAAGAUGUAGGCUGGUAUUAUUUUUCAAUAAUUUUUGUUUUGAAUGGUGUAUUCUUUGCUUCUAGUGUUUAAAAUAACUCUUUAUUAAUAUUAAUUUCACACUGAAACUCUUACCUUACUUCCUUGUAAACCUACAAUUUAUAGGUAUUAGUUUCUGCAGUCAUGUUUUUAAUGGUUAACCAUUGACAUUCCUUGAGACAUAGCAAACAGGACCUUGUUGAAGAACUGAGGACAUUCCCUACAAAAAAGGGAGUUUAUUUUUGUUAAAAAAAGGGGGGGGGAAAAAGACCAAAAAUAUAUGCAUUAGAGUUUUUGAUGUCUUCAAGGUGGGAAUUCCAGUUGUUACUUUUAUGUAGUUAAUGUAGUUAUGAAGUAGCAUUAUAUGUAAAAAUUACAUCAGUGAAAGAGAGUAGGAGGAACAAAAAAGAAAUGCUGAUUCUGUAAUGUUACUUCACACUGGACAUGUCAUAACUCAGCAAAGUGUGGUCAGUAGCAUUUUUCUAGAGGGUGUUCAUUAGAUAAUGAGAUAAAUAUGCUUUAUAGCCAGAGUGCUGGACCCUUUCAAAUAAAGUUGUGCUUUUUCACUUUACUUGAUUUAAAGCAAUUUUGAACAUCAGAAGACAGAUUCUGAUUUUGCCAGUAUUCUGAAUAUUGAGAUGAUAAUCUAAAUAUACAUAGGAAAGUUAGUGGAGCAACGUUUUUGGGAGUAAAGUUAUUUUAGAUGUUUUCAUCUCCUUUCUUAAUGUAGCCUCAUCAGAAAAUAGCUUACUUCUCUUGAGUCUUCUACUUGUAAUUCUCUGCCUUGCAUUUGUUUGUCAGUCACCUAAUAGUGCAAUCUACUUGUUCAUCUGUCCCUGUUCAUAUGUAUCUUGUAUUUUACUUCAAAUAAAAUACUAUGUUUUCAAAUA